ACCCUAUUAAUUCAAUACACCUUCUUCAUGGCCUUCAUAACUCCAAGUCUUCCCCAACACACUGUGUGUGAGCUAGAGCUAGCUUAGCUUCCUCAAUGGAGAGGCAAACUUGGAAAGAAAAGAUGCUCAACAAGAAUGCUGAUGAAGUUGAAGAUGACUCGGACGAAGAUGAGACUAGUGGCCACGGUAGCGGGUUGAUCAGCAUAAGAUUUGAAGAAAAUGAGAAGCACAAGGUCAAGGCAGCUGGGAGUACUGGAAAAAAAUCAGGAUCCAGUAGCGGAGGUGGAGGUGGAGCGUCUUCAGCACCGAGUUGUCAAGCAGAUAGGUGUGGUGCUGAUUUGGGUGAUGCAAAGAUCUACCAUCGCCGCCAUAAGGUUUGUGAGUUUCACUCCAAGGCAGCUAUUGUGGUCGUCUCCGGGGCUCGACAGAGGUUUUGUCAGCAAUGCAGCAGGUUCCAUGAGCUAGCUGAGUUUGAUGAAGCAAAGAGAAGCUGUCGCCGACGUUUGGCAGGUCACAAUGAGAGGCGCCGCAAGAGCUCAGGUGAACCUUAUGGAGAGGGCUCAAGCCGCCGGGGUAUCAGUCAUCAAUACCGAUCAGAAAGUACUCAGGCUACUACUAAAUAUCAUAUGACAUCCCCAGCCCCAGGAAACACUGCUAAUUCCAAGCAUUUCCAGAUCACCUAAUUAGAGUCCACGCUAAUUGUCUCUCUGCUCUCAGCUAGCUGCUAGCUCCCUCUCUUCUGUCAUCUUUGGCUUCUUUUAUGUGAUCUACCAUGACUGUUCCUAUGCUUAACAAUGAGAAUAGUGUUAUUACAUUAUUCGAUGGAAUUAAGUACGUACGUACUAUGCCUACCUAGAGCUACAACCUUAGAUUGGUGCUUUGUUUCAGAGCCAAACAGCAUAGGCCAUUACAUGUGGACUAUCUAAGCUUUCACAGCUAAAUACAAUUUAUGGUUGUUAUG